GAAAGCUGUCAUUAUCAGCUGUUGAGAUUUGCGGCUUUUCCACCUAUUCCAAGUUAUGAACGAUUAUUGCGUCUUUUGCUAAAAUUACGUGUAUGAAUAAAUUUAACUAGUGUUACACAGUAUGGACAGAGCGGAACACUUCCAAGUUCAACCGGCAGAGGAAGGCCCCCGGAACGCUUUGAAUUAUCAAUUUUCACCGGAAGAAUUGAAAGUCCUUCAGGAAUGUAAUAGGGAAGCAUUUUUUCAACGUUCGCUACCGUUUGGAACGGUGUGCGGCAUCGGGACCUGGUAUGCCAUCCAGCGAGGUUUUCUGAAGCCUGCUGCUCGGUUUGGGGCUGGUCCUAAGGUGUUUGUCGGUAUAACACUGGGAUAUUUUAUUGGUAAAGUCAGCUAUCAAAGUCGAUGCGCUGAUAAAAUUAUGCGUCUCCCGAACUCUCGGCUUGCCGAUUUGGUUCGCCAGAGAAGACAAGGUGGUAGCAGCGUUGAAAAAUUUUUACCGGAUCAGGGACUUGGUGCUGGAAGUAUGCUGUCUCCGUUUGGUCCAACCACACCGAGCGAUAGUUACACCGAAAAACAUAUGCACCGUUCGGAUACGCUGAACAUGGAUAUUCACGUUCCACAAUACUCCGGCCUGGAUGACAGUGCUCGACCUACGAUAGAUUCAAACAGGGCAUUUGAGGAGGAACUUCAGCUUCCGCCGGGUCCAGCAGUGACAAAGUCCUACGAAGAGCUGCGUCGGCAGAACCGAGAAGAGUACCUCAAGCGGCAGCAGGCUCCCUAUCGGUCACCGGUUCUGGACGACCAACCGCCGAUUAGGCGCGAACCGGAACCGCCAAAGUAUGACGAGCCGCCUCAGACCCCGCAGAGGAAAAAUAAAUACGGUGAUGCUUGGUCGCAGUAGGUGCCCAGUAGGUUAACUCCAAAAUUGAUUGGCAUUUUCAGCAGCCGGAAGUUACAUUUUGGUUGACUUUAGUGAUUGAACUUAGAGUAUAUAUUGAACAUGCAAUAACUACUGUUUUGUGAUUGUAGAAGCUUCGAGUGGAAUUUGCAUGCAAAAUCAAUGUUACAAAAAUAAAUGCGAAUGCUAAUAA